UUUAUGUCAGCCGUUAAAAUUAAAUUGACGCGCGAAAUUGGCAAAACAAAACAGAAAUGUCACAUUCGGGGUGUCCUCUUGGUGACAGAAUCCUAGUAGGUUACAUUUUACCCGAAAAGAAGGUUAAAAACUCCGAAAAUGACGACUCUGAUUGGGAAGAUGAUGAUGAGGAGGAAGACGAUGCACAGCCGGAGUUUCUGGAUAUGAAAGAGAUGGACAGCGUUAGUUUAGGAGGACAUGUGUUUAAUUCCUCCGUACCGGGCCGAAACGAAGUUGAUUUCCUGGACAGCGUGUCUGGUAAGAGAUGCAGAGUACUGGGCCGGUUCAGUCUGAAGGACCCGUGGUGGGAGGCUACCUGCACGGCCCGCGCAGCCAGGGGCAAGCUGGUGCUGCGGGGCUACCCUGCCUACCGCCUUCGCUCAGACCUCCAGGGAGACCCGGACCACUCUGUCCUGUCUCUGUUCCUCACAGCCUGCGGCGUGGACGCACAGUUUGUCGUCCCCUUCUUUGCUUGGCUGCCGAUGGGAAGGAAGGUGGAGUUUGCUAACUUGCAGGAAGUUCUGGCUGAGUUUGAGGAAGGAGAGCAGCACAGGGCUUUGGCACAGCAGAUUAAAGCCUUGGUCUCUGUUUCAGUUGCAGGGAUGCGCGUGACGGCUGCCUCUCUGUACCCCCAUGUGAUGAGAUACCUGCCUACCCUACUGCCAGGGCGCUUCACAGAGCUCCUGAGUCGGGGAAAGAAAAGCCAAAAACAGGGUGCUACACAGCUAGAGGAGGAAGGGGAGGAUCUCAGCUUGCUGGCCAGAAUAGAGGAGAUUAUCAAGACUGACGUCUGGAAGCUGGGCUUUAACUAUGUUAUGUACAAGGAGUUGAAGGUGGUCCAUUGCGAGGCUCAGCUGAGAUCCUUCCAUGAGUGUAAACUCUUCCAAGAGAUCCCUCUGAAGCAGCGUAAUGCCCUGCGAGUCUACGACUCUCUGAAGAACCACUGCUACAGGACGGGCAGUACCUACAUGGAGCUCCCCACCCUGUGUGACGAGGUCAGGAGAGGGUGUAGCUCCGUGGUGGAGGUGGAGGUGUGGGACGCAGUCCACUUCCUCAAAGAGCUGGGCGUAGUGGUACGGGAUCGCCAGAAGGUGGCGCUGCAGAACCUGCAUUCUUAUGAGACUGGGAUAGCGGAGUGUCUACGCUGUCUGGUGCAGGAAGAGCCCUGGGUUAUACCUCUGGAUGUCAUAGAGGUGCUGACUGCUUCAGCUCUGCAGAGGCUGAGGAAGAAGGGAGGGGAUGGAGGGAGUAGGGAGGAUCAAGGUGAAGUGGACUCCGACGCAGAGCGGAAGGUUGAUGAGUUGAAUGGAAGGUGUGAUAUGGAUGGCAGCGCUGCAGAGACAGACUGUACUAGUACUGCUGUUAGAACAGCAAGCGGAUCCUCUGUCCAAGACUACAUCACCCUUACAGACCAGGGCCCUCCAGUAGAUUUAGGCCCAGACCAGGGCUCUCCCCCUCCAGUAGAUUUAGACCCAGACCAGGGCCCUCCAGUAGAUUUAGACCCAGACCAGGUACGUGCAGCGGAGAUGAUCUGCUUCAAUCCGGUGACUGUGAUCAGUGAAGGGGGCUGUGGUAAGACCACGGUGGUGAGUCUGGUGUUCAAGGCCGCCUUGCAGCAGAGCCCAGAGAAGGUCAGGAAGGCAUGCUGGGACUUUGAGAAUGACUCCUUGGGGUCUGAGGCGUGGGAGGAAGCCGACGCGUGGGAGGAGGAAGCCCUGUCGCAGAGUCUCCUCUCUCAGUUAGAGGACGAGGGGAAGGACGAGAAGAAGUCGUCGUCGUGGGUUUUACAGGGAGAGGACGAGGUGUUACUAACAGCACCCACAGGGAGAGCUGCGUCUCUGCUCACCAAGAGGACCUGCUUCAAGGCCUACACCCUGCACCAGGUGGUGUGGAGUUUCAUGCAGGCCAAGAAAGACCCCAGCGGGGCUCCUGAGGAGUGGAAGUUUGCGUGUGUGCGUGUGUUGGUGGUGGACGAGGGCAGUCUGGUGUGUGUUCAGCUCCUCCACUCCGUCCUCACCAUGCUCACCAAACACGCACAGCUCAGGAAGUUUGUCAUCUUGGGUGAUGUGCGUCAGCUGCCCAGUAUCCAACCAGGAAACACCUUGUAUGACCUGUUCCACAGUCUGGGCCGAGCCCAUUGGGCCAUCGAGAUGAGGACCAAUCACAGAGCUGAGUCUCAACUCAUCGUCAACAACGCCGGACAAAUCGCAGAGAUGGGGAUGAAUCAUCGUUUCAGACCGCUCCACUACGACGCCAUCUUGGAUCUGAAUGGAAGUUACACCAUGCCCUCUGAAGACAAGAGGUUCAUCCUCAUCCUGCUGCCCAACACCCACGAGGUCUCUGACUAUAACCUGCAGGUGGCUAUCGAACUAUUAUUGGAAGCUGCUCCGGGACUGGAGAAUGACGCCACGUCACAGUUCAUUGCCUUCAGAAGGAAGGAGUGUGCCUUGAUCAAUGAGCUUUGCUGCAAACAUUACUGCAACCACCGCACCAAAAACAACAAGAACCGACUAGCUUUCCAGCCGAGAGAUAAAGUCUGCUGUACAAAGAACGGCUACGUCACAGACAGGAACAAGGAAGUGUCUCCUGAAGCAGAGGACCUGGAGAACAGCUGUAUUGACCGGGCCAGGACCAAGCAGAGACUUCCUGGUCUGGACGGAGGGGAGAGACGGAGAGGGAACGGGGCCACACAGAGAGACGGAAGUGGUGACAAAAUGAAAAGCAAAGAGAAGAAUAAAGAGCGUCUUUGUAACGGAGAGAUAUUCUUUAUUAAACAUGACGUGACAGAGGAGGAGGCGGGCUCACAGCGGAACAGGAAGCAGAGGUACUUGACUCUGGAUGAUGGUGACGGACGGACGCUGUGUGUUUCCUUCAGGGAGCUGCAGAGAGAAUGUAAACUGCAACACGCCUGGGCUAGGACCAUACACACCUUCCAGGGGUCGGAGACCGAGACCAUUGUGUACGUGCUGGGAAACGGCAGCGUCCAGACGUGGAAGCACGUGUACACGGCUGUGACACGGGGACAGAAGCGUGUAUAUGUCAUAGCCAAGCAGGGGGGCAUGGCCUCGGCCAUUAGGAGACGCAUCAUCCCACGUAACACCCGGCUGGGAACCCUGGUCAAAGAGCUGCUGGUCCAGCCUGGGGGGCACGACCAACCAGACCAGAACCAACCCCCUCCGGGUACACCUCGCAGGGCAGCCCCAGGCUUCGGGCCUACACAGACCACUCCUCUGGCCUCACAGACACCGAGCUGGUCUCUAAGGACCCCCUACAAAACCCCUAUAGCAGCACCCAGACUCUUCUCUACGCCCAGCCGAGCAGUCCCACUUCACGCCAAUCGUGUCCAGUCCCACUCUACGUCGGUCCUACCCAGGGAGCUGUGGAGAAAUGAGCCUCCAACAGCUCCUCAGGCAGAUGCCUCAGACACCUCUCUAAUGGACGACAUCACUUUCAGUCAGGCAUAUACCUGGUCGCCUAUGAACAGCAGCUCUGAGGACCCCUCUCAGGAGCAGCCCGGGUCGUGUGAGGAGGAGGAGGAGGAAGGGAUCAAGAUGGAGGCUAGCAGCAGCGCUGUAGAGGAUGGACACAUGGGGAAGGCUUCACAUUUAGCUGCUCGUUCUGGGGUUGAGAGCACCCCUCCCAAGAGGACGCUCGGUCCUGACAGUGAGAAACAGAAUGGGACUCCUCAUAAACAGAUCAAGGUGGAGCCAUUCGAAUCACCGCUGGGCUGUUCCAGACUGCAGCAGCUCGCCCUCUGCACGCCCACCUCCCACGGCAAACGGCUCUUCCAAGGUCCACCCUCCGAUCAGGACUGAACGUCUUCUCUCCCUGACCCAGGAUAUCUUAUGAUUGAUGGCCACUACUGCAUUGAUACCAGGAUAUCUUAUGAUUGAUGGCCACUACUGCAUUGAUACCAGGAUAUCUUACGAUUGAUGGCCACUACUGCAUUGAUACCAGGAUAUCUUAUGAUUGAUGGCCACUACUGCAUUGAUACCAGGAUAUCUUACGAUUGAUGGCCACUACUGCAUUGAUACCAGGAUAUCUUACGAUUGAUGGCCACUACUGCAUUGAUACCAGGAUAUCUUACGAUUGAUGGCCACUACUGCAUUGAUACCAGGAUAUCUUACGAUUGAUGGCCACUACUGCAUUGAUACCAGGAUAUCUUACGAUUGAUGGCCACUACUGCAUUGAUACCAGGAUAUCUUAUGAUUGAUGGCCACUACUGCAUUGAUACCAGGAUAUUUGAAUCAAAUCAUAUUUUAAAUGUCAUAUGCACGGAAUACAAGUGUAGAUCUUACCAAUAAUGCAAUUUUAAUUAAAAAUAAGACUUAAGAAUGAUAUUUACUAAAUAAACUUUUUUUUUUUUUUUAGUAACACAAUAAAAUAACAAUAAUGAGGUUAUAUACAGGGGGUACCGGUACCGAGACAAUGUGUGGGGGGUAGAGGUUAGUCGAGGUGAUUGAGGUAGGUAAGGGUAACGUGACUAU